AUGAAGUCAGACCCAUUUCGACUGUUUACAAAUAUAUUUAAAAAGAAGAAGACAGACUCCGCAUCGAACGACAAGACAACUCUGGAGAAACCCAAGAAGCAGGUCGCUGCAGCUUCUUCUCCAUCCUCAUCAAAGAAACAAGCAUCGAGUCCAGUACAAUCUCAAAAUCAAUCACAGCCGGAAUCUCAACCUCGUCCACAAACAGAGCGCAAGGCAGACGUAUCUCAAUCCCUUCUUGCUGCAGAACAACGCGCCAAUAAGUAUACCAAAAAACCAUCAUCAUCAGCAUUGUCAGCAGGUAAACUGACCCCUGCCACUACCACCACCGCAACCAAGGCUUCUACUUCUAAUUUUAAUUCUACUUCUACUCCUACCUCUCCGGCAGUUGAUGACGAAGACUAUCGCGUAACAAAACAAGACCUCCAAACAUAUCAGAAAUCGAUCCGCUCAAGCGGCAAAAUUAACAAAAAGAAAGCCCAACAAAAGCAAACUACAAAAGAACCAUUUUCGCCCAUGAUCAAACUUAAACUCCCCAAUGGGAAAAUGACUCAAGUAGAAUUCACACAAUUGAUUACAGAAAUCACUUUUGAAGAGCUUUUUCAAAAGAUAGACACAGUUGUGCCACAGGAUUUGGUUGGAAAGUACGUGUUAAAAACAAGCACACCUCCUUUCAAGAUUAUAACAGCAAAGAAUGACACAUUAUUGAGUCAAAUACCGGAGUUCCAGCAUGAAAGAUUGGUUCUUGUACUUGGUCAUAAAUAG